CCAAGCAUUGCACCCUUGGAAAAUUUUUUUCCAAUGCCCAUGUUUGCCUCGGUAAAGUUUGUGCUAACUUGACACUUGGUUCUUGAACCACGUGUCUGCGAAAAAUCACGUGCUGGUCCCAGACACGUGGUUGAAGAGACGGUCUGCAAGUGCUCUUUUUUUGCGUUUUUGUUUUGCUCGGGAUUAAUUUUGUACGAAUUUUAUUAUUUUUUGUGCUCUCUUGGUUAGUUUGUCGUAUUGAAACUGAUUAAGUAGCUUGCAUUAAAGAAAGGAUCUAGUAAAAACUGGAAUGCUUUAUCUGCUAAUAAAAUAUGCUCCAUUUUAUAACAGGAUUUUUCUUAAAUAAGUAUGGAGAGUGAAUUUCAACAGAUAACACAGAGUUCUUCCAGUAUUAGAAAUAAUUUUGGUGAUGAUAAUUCAGUAGAUUGCAGGAAAGAAGAAAUAAAGAAGAAUUAUGGUGUUAAAUCAGAAUGUCGAGUUGUUUUAAAAAGAUUAAAUAUUAAGGUAAAGUCUGAAGAUUGCAAAGAAGUAGUUGACCUUCCAGAUGAAUAUGAACACUUGAAGCUUAUGGAGAAGAAUAAAUCUGUCAUUUCUGAGAACAGAUUUAACAGAAAUGGAACAAAAAUUGAAAUGAAGGAGAAAGAACAGAGUGAAGAACAUGAUACUCAUCAUAAUCCAAAAAGAGCAAAGCAAAAUAAAUACAACAUUGACAGGAAGAGGUUCAGUUUUUCAAUUAGAAAAUUCAAUAAAAUCCAAAGGAAUAUUAAAAAGAAAUACUUCAAGGUAAUGUUCACAUCUCUUUCUAAACAAGAGUUCACAUGUAAUUUAUGUACACAGACUUUCACAAAUUACAAAGUAUUACGAGCCCAUCUGCUCUUCCAUAUUGGCAAAAAACCAUUUCACUGCACAACGUGCAAUCAGAAGUUUUUGUGGGAAUUUAUUUUGCAAAGACACAAGAAGGAACACAAGAAUGAAAUUCAAAUCGAAAUCAAUAAUAGAGAAUUUGAUUUGCAGUCAUCUUCAAAAUAUCUUUUAGAACCUGUCGAACAGUGGAAACCUUUUGAAUGUGAUAUUUGUGGUAAGCGCGUUAUGUCACUGAGCCGAUUAGAGAUGCACCAUAAAACACAUUCAUCUUAUAUUUGUAAAAUAUGUAAAAAGGAAUUUAAAUGGGAAUCUUAUUUGAGACUUCAUAUGUUAACACACAGUGAAGAUCGUCCUUUCAAAUGCGAUAUUUGUAAUAAGGGUUUUAAAACAAAGUACAGUUGGCUAAAACACAACGUUGUUCAUGGCGAUAAAAGUGAUUGUUGUUGUGAGAUAUGCAAAACAACUUUUAAAACGCAACAGCUUUUAAGCAUUCACAUGGAAAAGCAUAGAAAAUAUGAUUAUUCCUGUGAUAUUUGUAACAGACCUUUUAAAACAAACAGCUCUCUGUGUAAUCAUAGAGCAACACACAGAGGCAAACUUAAAUAUUUUUGUGAGAUGUGAAAAGCAAGUUUCAAGUAUAGAAGUACUUUUAUAAGACAUCACCUGAUAAACAGUUUACCAGUAAGCAGUUUAAAGUACAUUGUUAAAUAUAAUAAAGAUUGAAUUCUUUACCAGUAAAUUCGGUAAAAAUAGACAGACGAAGGAUGAUUUUUGAAGCCAAAUAUUUAUUUUCAUACACUUCGAAUAUUUGUUAAAGACAUUUUUUUUGAAUUAUCAUAUUACAACAGUAAGCUGGACAGCAGUUUGACUAUUAUUUCUUUGCUUCAAAGCCUAGAGUGAAAUAGUGAUUUUGGUUGACAAAAUGGACCAUAUUUAUUUGAAUGUGAUCAUGAUAAAAGCACAUUCAAAAACUCCUACACAAAAGUGUAAUAUCUCUAAAAGAGAACUUAAAAAUAAAUACAACUAUCCAUUCACCAGAGAAUUCUUCUUGAUGUAAAACUAUUUUAAUUGUGUAACAGAUGUUUUGCAUGUAAAUAUCACUUAAAACACCAAAAAAAUACUUACUACAAGUAUUGGUUUUCUUCGUUUUGUGAGAUAAAGCUCUUGUUUAUGGCCUUUAUCAUAAAGUUAAUUUGUUAAAGCAUCAACUUACUUAUUUUACCAAACAAUUUCAGCCAUUGUAUACCAGUUACGAAAAGGAACGUAAACUGAAAUAUCAUUUAAAAUUACCCUACCAAUGUAAGAUAUGUAAACAAACUUACACAAAGAAUUAAAGAAUCAUUUAAUUAUAUACAGUGGUUACAUGCAUUUCUGUUGUGAUAUUUGAUAACUGCAAAGGAGGAAACUAUCAAGGGAAAAUAUACAGAAAGGCAAUUAAAAACUAUUGUAAAUAUUGAAUUAUGCAUUAAGAAAUGUGAUAUGUGUAAUAGAAUUUUCUGUUUCAGUCAUACUAAUAUUCAUGUGCAAAGCCAUCUUUUACCGUAAAAUAUUCCAUGUGAAAAUUCAUUGAAACUAUUUAAAUACAAAAUGUGUUUGUAAAUAAUAAACACAUUUGAAUUUUAUAUUAAUUAAUACACAUUUUAUGUGAUAUUCAAGAAAACUAGCAAUGCUUAAGAUGAAGAGAUGAUUCAUUUAAUUUAUAAUAGUAAUGAUUUAAGGUACAGUAAUUUGUUUUUAAAUACAGUGAACCAGUAUGAACUGGACUCUUAAGGUACUGAGUAUUAAUUUCCUAAUGAAAUAAACCACAUUGAAACCAUUUAAUGUUUUAUAUGUCUCAGCCCAUAGAUCGUAUUUCAAAAUUUCUUUUUUGUCACAACAUUGGUCUUGACAAGUUAUACACACAAUCUGAUUCAAAAUGGUACAGACACUGUAAAAUAAUGAUA